GCUGAUGAUGGGACAGCCUCUGUUGUCAGUUGCCACCCAAGACGUGAUUCAGCUCCAACAAUCACCAUUAUCUGUUCCUCAGUUGGACGAUACGGGACGAAUCUGUAAUGAUGACGAGUGUUUCCUUGGCUCUUUGUUGAGUUUUUCUUUUCUCUCUCUCUCUCUCUCUUUUUUUUUUUUUUUCUUUUUUCAACGUCCACACCCAGCCGUCAUUGGUGACAGCACUCCAACCAUUCAGGUAGUGAACGGAGGAGGGAGGCUUUAUAAGCGAGCGGCGCAUGGAGAGUGCGGUUUGUGUAAACACUGAGGUCGGCGCUGUUUUGACACGCCGCAGCAAAGUGGGAGAGGUUUACUUUGAGGACUCGGUUCCUUUUAAUGCAAAAAAAAAAAAAAAAAAGAGGAGAGAGAAAGAAAGAAGGAAACAAACCUCGGAUUGUCACUGAGUGGUACGCGAUGACUGGUGCGCCGAGCAGGUUCAGUUUUUCCGUCAGGAGCAUCCUGGACCUGCCUGAGCAGGAUGCGGAGGCCGCGCCGCGGUCCUCCUCGGUUUACUCCUCCUGCUCCUCCAGCUCGCCCUACACCUCCUGGGUGGAGUGCGAUCGGAGCCCCUGCAUGUCUUCUGAUGAGGGCAGUUUCGAACCGUCCCCCGACUCAACCAAGCCGGAUGACUCGUCCCUGGACUUGGAGCCGGUUGAGAGGAUCAAGAAGAGCAAGAAGCGCCGCGUCCUGUUCUCCAAAGCCCAGACCCUGGAGCUGGAGAGGCGCUUCCGCCAGCAGCGCUACCUGUCCGGGCCGGAGAGGGAGCAGCUGGCCCGGCUCCUCAGCCUCACUCCGACCCAGGUGAAGAUCUGGUUCCAGAACCACCGCUACAAGAUGAAGAGAGGCCGGGCGGAAGGCGCGCUGCCGCCGGACGCGGACAUUCCGCAGCCUCCGCUGCUGCGCAGGGUGGUCGUUCCGAUUCUGGUCCGGGACGGGAAACCCUUCCACACCUGCUUCAUUGAGGCGGACAAAGCCAGCUGCCUGACCUCUCCCGCGCAGCCUCAUCCUCAGGCCGUCCCGUUCCCUUUGGCCUUCCCUCCUCUCCAGCAUCCCUCCCCCGGAUCGCUUUCGUCCCGGUACCAGCAGCACUUUCCAGCCGCGGCGGCCUCCAGAUUCGCCUGGAGGAACUUUUGGAGCGACUCGGUCCCCUUUGCCCCUCUCAAAUGAAGAUCCUCACGUGAAUGCACAAACUCAUUUAGAAUGGCAUCAAAUGUUGUCUAAAUGUUUUACACAUUUCUGAGCUACUCAAACGUUUAGAUUCACACUUUAGAGCGAAGAAUAUUUUGCACAAAUUUUUUUAUGUGUUUAUUUUUGUACAGCUGAUUCUUGGUUCAGCGCGUAGGACGUUUGUUUUUUUUAAAGUGAUAAUUCAUUUGUGUGUAUUUUACUUUCCUGUGUUUUUGAAAUCUUUUAAUUAUUUGUAUCAAUAACUUUUGUUUUCAUUCCAGUAGAUAGGGAUGUGUAUUGUAAGAAAAUCAGCCUUUAGUCUCAAUUUUAAAAAACGAAAAUGUGUAUUUUUUCUUCUUCUUUGUCUUCCAGAAACUUUCUGUAAAGUUUAAGCUGUUUAUGUAAAACAAUUAUA